AUCAAAGCCCAUCAAUCGCUGCAACGGGGUCAAGGUCUUGCAAGUACCUACAAGUUCUUGCGUCAAGUGCACCAGGUAAACAAUUUUUGAGCAAUUAACCAGUUGUGAUACGCGUCCUUUCACAGCGGCAUCCGUUCUGUUCAAGCUGACCCAACUGGCCGCUACUACUAGGCUGCCAGGCCAGUGCCUGUCUGCCAGCGCUUAUUUAUUGAUUAUGAAUGUCGAUCUUAGGGAAGUUCAUACUGGUAACGAGGUUAGGACACACGGUAUUUCCGGUUUCCAACCUGAAGCUUCACCCUUCCUGGUCACCCAGAAGUCCUAAUUUCGUUAUAAACUUCAAGGUUCGGCUUUAAGCAAUUCUUUUCGCCACACUCCCUGCUAUCGCAUGUUCAUCACAUGCCACACCGUCUGUCUCUCUCUUUUUAUCUGCUGCGCACCGUGACUCUGGUAGUUUCCGCUCAACAGCAAGUCGUCCUUGGGAGUACCAAUCCAGAUAUUGUCUACGUUCCUCCACUAUGCAAUGUUUCAAAUACAGGAUGCUCUAGUGCAUGGCAGCAAAUAUAUAUUGACUGUCCUAGCACUAAUGGAACACCGGUAAUUGUUACUACUACAACUGGCCCAAUACCACAAUCCGGGAACUUGGUACCCCAGUUGUUUUUGACCUUUAGAGCAUCAACGAUAUAUCUGCGCACAUCUCCCUUUUCCAACGCGACCGUCAAUUUCUCCAUAACCGCUGAUCCGAGCGGCGUUACAAUUACAAAUCAGGUCAAUACUAACAUCGACCAGCUUAUCAUCGCCGAUAACCUGCCCGAGUCACAGACGUCGACAUUAGGCAUUACAUUCCUCCAAGGACUUUCUCCCACCCGUUUCGACGUCGAGUCGAUCACGCUCAACGUCACAAAUAGCAGUGCGACCUCCUCUUAUCUUCCAACACUAUCAUUACCCACAUCCAGUCUUCCUCCGAGUCUUUCGCCCUCCUCAACGAGCACAGCAAAUUCGACUACCAGCCAGCGAACAGGCAUUAUCAUCGGUGCGACUGUAGGCGGGGUACUUGGCUCUUUGGCCAUAUCGAUAGCCAGUUUUUGUGUCUAUUGGAGGUGGCGAAGGCGACGGAUUUGGCGGUCGGAGGUAGAUGUAGGAAUAUAUCCAAUGAGACCACGGACGACAAGGACUCGGUGAUUGUGAUACAUCGUAUACCUUAUAUCGGGACUUCGUAUUUUGGUAUAAACACUGGACACCUUAUUUAACAUACUGUAAUUUAUCGUAUAACUGAACACUGCAGACUGCGAAAUGA